AUGGAAUCUUCUUUCUUUUACCAUGAUCAAUACCUAAAUUCAGACUUCUCCCCUGAAUCUUCUUUUGGUUCUUUAGAUUCGUUUUCAUGGGAUGAUCUUCUUUUCCAUAACAAUUCACUUCCUUUUAACACUAAUGACUCAGAGGAAAUGGCCCUUUUAAAUGUUUUAGCCGAUGGAGCGCCCAAGGAAUCCUCGGAAUCUAAUUCCUCUAGUGGAAUCAAGGAAGAGGAAGUGACUUCGAAUGCGAAAGAAGAGGAGGGGCCUAAGAAAGAGAAAUCCUACAGGGGGGUUAGAAGGCGGCCAUGGGGGAAGUAUGCUGCAGAGAUUAGGGAUUCGACAAGAAAUGGCGUCAGGGUUUGGCUAGGGACCUUUGAUAGUGCAGAGGCAGCUGCUUUGGCUUAUGAUCAAGCAGCAUUUUCGAUGCGGGGUGCGAUGGCUGUUCUCAAUUUUCCUGUGGAGAUGGUGAGAGAGUCGCUUGAUGACAUGAAGUAUAAAUGUGAAGAUGGGUGUUCGCCUGUGGUGGCACUUAAGAGAAGACACUCCAUGAGAAGAAAAUCGGUGAGUAAGAAAAGUAAAGUGAAUCAAGUUGCUAAUUAUACUAGGCCACAAAAUGUGGUGGUAUUGGAGGAUUUAGGAGCUGACUAUCUGGAAGAACUUCUGAAUUCAUGUGAAAGUUCCAAUUCUUGGUGA